ACGCCCCCAUCUUCUGUUUCUAAUCCUCCUUUCACGCAAAAGCCAAAUUUUCAUAAGAGCAAAGCUCCAAUUUCGUUCCCUGCCUUUCUCUAAUUGGUUUCCAGUUUUUUGUUUUCCUCACCGGCGAUCACCUUGCUGAAAAUUUCAAGCUAAUGGCCAGAGAAAGGGAGAUCUCGAUUAUUUAUCGUGGUUUGAACAGGAAAACGAAAGCGUGACGUUAUCAUGUCGUCGCGUAUGUCGGAACUUUAAUUGUAUGUAGAAAACCUAAGCAAAAGCGACUUUACUUGGCAGAGUUUAGAAGUUAUUCCAUGCUUUCUCACGCAAAUCAGAGGCAAAAUAGAAUAUAAUCGGAGGUAUAGAGUACCUGUUUCAGCUUAAGAGUCUCGAAUUUUGUUAAACGCACCUUACCGUGGUUGAAAGUCUGGAUUUCUGUGUCCCUUCGAUUUGUUCGUCUCAUUUUGUGGGGUUAUCAAUGAGUUUGGUGCAUCAUUUGUGGUUGUUUAGAUUGAUAUGUGAAGUUUAAACGUAUAACUAACGUUUUGGAUUCUCUUUUAUGCAAGUGCAUUUCUACUUUUCUCAAUCUUUGUGCUGACGUUGGAAAAAAAAUUGUACUGAAGGCGAAGAAAUGAGAAAAAUUAGUAAGUAUAAAGACUAUUGAGGUGUGGACCGUGUUGUAGUUGCAAUUUAGGAACUAAUGAUCGUUGUCCAGUUUUAUGAAAAUGGACUAGUCCGUUGACGUCGACGGUGGAUUGAAGACUGAAGCGUUUAUCGUGUUCUUGAAUCCUGACCAUGCCUUUUCAAAUGAAGAUCCAGCCAAUUGAUUCACACUCCCCUGAAGAGCCAACUAGGUUGGAGCCAGGGAAGCCAGUGGUGAAAUCGCGCCUCAAGCGGCUCUUUGAGCUUCAAUUCCGGAAAAAUUCCGUCGCUGAAAAGGCUGGCGUCGCUGAUGAGUCGCACUUCCACGAUGUCACUAAAGGCUCGACUGAGUUUGAGCCGAGCUCAUUGUGCUUGUCUAAGAUGGUACAGAACUUUAUAGAGGAGAGCAACGAGAAGCCAUCAUCCGCCGUGGUAAAGUGUGGCCGCAAUCGCUGCCACUGCUUCAAUGUGAAUUGUAAUGACAGCUCGGAAGAUGAAUUCGAUGGCUUUAGUGGUCUUGGCGACUCUAAUUUUGUUUCAUCUGGCGAAGGAAUUGAAAUUCUACAGGGUUUGGUCCCCUGUGUAAGUGUUACUGAGAGGAAUUUGCUAGCAGACACCGCGAGGAUCAUCGAUAAGAACAAGAUCAGCAAGCGCAAAGAUGAUUUUUGCAGGAGGAUUGUUACUGAUGAAUUGUUGGCUCUUGGAUACGACGCUUCAAUCUGCAAAUCUCGUUGGGAAAAAUCGUCCACUCAUCCCGCCGGUGAAUAUGAAUACAUUGACUUGGUCAUCUCAGGCGAGAGAUUGCUAAUUGACAUCGAUUUCAGAUCAGAAUUUGAAAUUGCUCGAUCAACCAAGGCCUACAAAUCUCUCCUUCUAUCUCUACCCCACAUCUAUGUGGGCAAAACCGAUCGUCUCCAGAAAAUCAUAUCUGUCGUAUCAAAUGCAGCGAGGCAGAGCCUCAAGAAGAAGGGCAUGCACAUUCCACCCUGGAGAAAAGUCGAGUAUGUCAAAGCUAAGUGGCUUUCUCCUUAUACGCGAGCCAUACCGACUCUUUCCUCACACCAUCCUGAACCCAGACCUCAAAAGGACCAAAUCUUGGUUCCAGUAGGGAUGAACAAUUUUGCACGGAGCGGCGACGAGAAUAACUCUGUGGAGGAUACCGAGUCGGGUGAUCCUGUGUUUGCUUUGUCAUCUGAGAGCUCUGUGGAAGAAGAGAACAAGACUGUGGUGAGAGAAUGGAAACCACCUGAGAUUAAGCGCAAGAUUUUUCAGACGGGGGUUAAGAUCGUGACCGGUUUGGCCUCGGUUAUUGAAGACAACCCAUGAAAUUUUUGGUCUUUUUGCUUUCUAAUUCAGAGAUUCUCUUCUCCUCCUCUUUUUUGAAUUUUGGAGAUCAGAUAUCCUAUGUCAUAUAACCAAUCCAAAUCCCCUUCUGGUUUUUGUGCAAGGGUCUGAUUUACUAAUAUCAAUAAUACUCGUACUGUAAGAAUAGCAUACUGAUAACGUAAUUUCUUCUCCCUUUUUGGUUUUUGGGUUAA